AUGCCCCUCGGGGAUGGGAAGGUGGUGACCAUGUCGUGGCUGUUCAGGGUGACGACCGGAGUCGUGGUCGCGGUGGCGCUGGGCGGUCUGGCACCGGACGUGAGCCAUGCCCAGACGACGGCCGGCACGGAGGUGUCGCCGAGCGCCUUCGUGGACCGCUACUGCGUCACGUGUCACAGCGACCGCGGAUAUGAGCGCGGCGCGGUGCCGAUGUCGCUGCAGGGGCUCGACAUGGGGGAGGUCGGCGCCCAUGCGGAGCUAUGGGAACAGGUGCUGCGAAGGGUUCGCAGCGGGAUGAUGCCGCCGCCGGUGGCGCGGCGGCCGGACGAUGCCGCGCGCGUCGCCUGGGUCGACUGGCUGGAGACGGAGCUCGAUCGCGCGGCAGAUGCCCGUCCGCCGCUGGGUCGGCCGAUGACGGUGCAUCGCCUCAACCGGGUCGAGUACCGGAACGCCGUGCAGGAUCUGCUCGGACUCGACGUGGACAUCGAGGCCCUCCUGCCGCCGGACGACGCGGACGCCGAGGGCUUCGACAACAACGCCGAGGUGUUGUCGGUCUCGACAACGCUGAUGGAGCGCUACCUGACGGCGGCGCGGCGGAUCAGCCAGCUCGCGUUGGGCGACCCCGGAUUGGCGUCCCGGUCCCAGGCCUACCAGGUGCCGGAGCUGGAGGUGCAGGACGAUCGCACCAGCGAAGACCUUCCGUUCGGGUCGCGGGGCGGUCUGGCCGUGCGCCAUUACUUCCCCCUCGACGGGGAGUACCUCUUCAAGGUCGACCUGCGCCGCAACUUCUACAACUACAUCCGCGGCCUCGGGAACACGCCGCACGAGCUCGACCUGCGGUUGGACAAGGCGCUGGUCAACAGAUUCCUGGUCGGCGGCGCGUUCGAGGGCUCGCGGUGCGCGACGAGUUACUGCGGUUCCGGCAGCGGCGGGUUCCCCGAGUGGGGCGCCUAUUCGGUCACCGCGGACGAGGGGUUGCAGUUCCGAAUGCCGGUGCAGGCCGGGAUGCGGCUGGUGGGUCUGGCGUUCCUCCGGCGGCCGGCCAUCGACGAGGGCGUCCUGCAGCCGCGGCCGAGCCCGGCGACGUUCGGCUACAGCACCGACGAUCGGCAGGACGGGAAUCCUGCGGUGGCGAGGCUGACCAUCACGGGGCCCUUCGACGGCGAAGCGCCGCUCGAGACGCCGAGCCGGCAGAUGAUCCUCGGAUGUCGGCCGGCGCACAGCGGGGAAGAGGCAGGAUGUGCGGAGGAGAUCCUCCGCAAGCUGGCGCGGCGCGCGUAUCGGCGCCCCGUGACGUCCCGAGACGUGACCGCCCUGCUGAGCUUCUACGAGGCGGGACGGCGCACGGGCGGCUUCGAGGCGGGGAUUCAGGCGGCGCUGGAGUUUCUGCUGACCGACCCGGAAUUCGUGUUCCGCGUCGAACGUCGGUCGCCGGGCGUCGAGGCGGGGGUCGCGUAUCCCGUGAACGACCUCGAGCUGGCCUCCCGGCUGUCGUUCUUCCUCUGGGGCAGCAUCCCCGACGACGAGCUGCUCGACGCGGCGGCGCAGGGAACGCUGAAGGAUCCGGCGGUGCUCGAGCGGCAGGUGCGGCGGAUGCUGGCCCAGCCUCGCGCGCGGCAGACGCUGGCGGAGAGCUUCGCCGGCCAGUGGCUGGGACUGCGCCGACUCCGGAACGCGUCGCCGGACCCGACCGCGUUUCCGGAGUUCGACGAGAAUCUGCGCGCCGCCAUGUACCGGGAGACGCAGUUGUUCCUGGAGACGCAGUUCCGCGACGACCGUCCGGCGGCGGAGCUGUUGACGGCGAACUACACCUUCGUGAACGAGCGCCUGGCCGGGCACUACGGGAUUCCGGGUGUGCACGGGAACCACUUUCGGCGGGUGGCGUUGCCGGACGAUCGGCGGGCCGGCCUCCUGGGGCAGGCGAGCAUUCUGACGCUGACCUCGUAUGCGAAUCGCACCUCGCCGGUGACGCGCGGCAAGUGGGUGCUGGAGAACCUGCUGGGCGCGCCGCCGCCGGAACCGCCGACCGACGUGCCGGACUUGAAGAGCCGCGAGGAGGGCGAGCCUCCCACGUCGGUGCGCGAACUCAUGGAGGCACACCGGAGAAACCCGGCCUGCGCCACGUGCCACCGAACGAUGGAUCCGCUGGGGUUUGCACUGGAGAACUUCGACGGGAUCGGGCGCUGGCGCACGACUGAGGACACGGGGGUUGCGGGCGAGCUCGGGCCGGCCAUCGAUCCGUCCGGCUUGGCGCCGGACGGCAGCGAGUUCGAGGGCAUGAGCGGGCUCCGGCAGAUCCUGGCGAGCGGGGAGGAGUUCACCGGCACGUUGACCGAGAGACUUCUGAUCUACGCCAUAGGGCGUCGGCUGGAAGCCGCCGACAUGCCGGCCGUCCGGCGGAUUCAGCGGGAAGCCGCGGCGGAUGAGUCCCGCUGGUCGGCCUUGGUUCUGGCGAUCGUGAACAGCGGACCGUUUCAGACGAGGAGGAUAGGCUGA